AUGCCAGGGCACUUGCGGGUGGCCUGUGUUCAGAUGAAUCCGCUUCACAACCAGGUGGAACGAAACUGCGAGUAUGCCCUAAAUAUGUUGAAGAAGAGAGAGCAUGAGUUAAAGGGCUUGGACUUGCUGGUGCUUCCCGAGAUGGCAUUCACUGGCUAUCAUUGGCGGGAUGCAGACCACAUCCAACCUGUGCUGGAGCCAGCCAACGGCCGAACGCACAAGUGGUGCAAGUCUGUUGCCAAGAUGCUGAACUGCGUGGUGUGCUGCGGAGUGCCUCGCAAGAUCAGGCGGAAGCGCAUGAAUUCCAUGAUCGUCACCAGCCCCAAAGGCAAAGUAGUUGAGCAUGUAGACAAGGUCCACCUGUAUGAGUCGGACAAGACUUGGGCCCAGCCAGGAGAAGGCUUUACGAGCGUCGAGGCAGUGGAGGGCCUACCGAUGUCCCCCGUGGGCUUCGGGAUCUGUAUGGACAUCAAUCCCGCAGACUUCAAGGCACCUCCGGAGAAGUUUGAGUUUGCCAACUUCCACCUGGAGCAUAAGUCCAAGCUGCUGGUCUUCACCUCCGCCUGGUGUAAAAACCACCCGGACGACCGGCCCGAGGCCUUCGCGGAGAAGAGCGACGCGGAGCUCUCCCAGGAGACCAUCGAUGCCUGGCUCAGCCGCCUCAGGCCCCUCCAUGGCAAGGAGGUGAUCUUUGUGUGUGCGAACCGCGUGGGCAAGGAGGAGCUCAGGCUCCUGGGCCGGGACUCGGACCUCUGCAAUCAGUUCUGUGGGACGAGCUGCGUGAUCGCCCUCCAGGACCAGACAGUGGUAAAGUCCCUCUCUGCAAGUGAAGAAGAUGUACUGGUAGCUGACAUACCCAUCCCGGGCGGCUAG